ACCUUCCAUUGGUUUACAUUUCGCCCGGAGCCUGGUUUUCUCACAAAAGCAAAAAUCUUCAAAACACAAUUCAAAAUAUUCAGUACAAUAAUGGUAUGGCAAAGAAAGGCCGUAAAGUGAUUAUUUUCACGCGAUCAAGUGUAAAUCAAGGGAACGAGUGCGGUGGCGACGUCGCGCAGCCCGAAGAAGGCCAAAAAUCAAUAAGCGUGUAAAAUUUGUAAACACGGCAAGCCCUCGACCAGCCUCUGUAGGUUGCUCUACGCGAAACCACCCGGCCACUCCCCCAGUGAACUGUGACCGCCAGCUGCCCGAAAAAAAGGGGCAAGUCGUGGCCGUAAAACCGCAGAAGUACCCAUUAGCCUCCGAAAUGAUUACCAGCUUUGCGCUGCCCUUGCUGCUGAUGGUCGCGGGAGCAGCAGCCACCGCGGAGCAGGUGGAGUACCUGGAUCCCCGACCACAGCACUCCUCUCCAGCGGAGCACCGCCUCAGCAAACGCAUGGAUCUGGAGGUGUGCAUAGGCCACUUUGACGUCCAUAAAAACACGAUAAUCCGAACCGGGGAGUCUCAGGCGAUUGGUGGCAAGUACCUCCAGGGUCUCGAGCUGGACACCAUCGAGGAGUGCGAAAGGCUGUGCUGCGAGACGGUCGCCUGUGAUGUGUACAUCUUCGAGCGGAAGGCCGGAGGCUACUGCUAUCUCUUCGAGUGUGGUCCUCCGGAAGACUUCCGGUGCAAGUUCACCCGUCACGCCAACUACACAAGUGCCGUUCUGAACCCGCAGCCGAAGCAGACCAGCGAGCAGGUCAGCACUCCGCGACCGCAGUUGCCCCACAUUCCGAGCAACAAUGUUUCGCAGCAGGAAUGGGAGCUGAGCAACCUGAAGUUGAAGCCGGAAGCGAGGGACAAGCCCACAGUUUCCACCACUGCGGUGGUGGCGCCCACAUCUGGAACGGGAGUGGUUGCGAGCCAGUCGGCAGUUUACCAAGCUCAGAGUGUUCCCGCUGCGCAUUGUGGGCGCUUCCAGUUCACCUGCCACUCCGGAGAGUGCAUCGCGGUCUACAAUGCCUGCGAUGGAAUACCCCAGUGCGAGGAUGGGAGCGACGAGGGGCCGGAAUGCAACGCCGUAUCGUCGACGGCCACAAAACCGAGCGGUGGCAGCGGCAAUUUGGAGCCCGUGAAGCCCAUGGUUCAGCAAUAUCUGCCCGUGCAGAACGUGCAACAGCAGCUGCAGGUCGUGGCCCAGCAGCAACAGCAGCAGCAACAACAGCAGCAGCAACAACCACCGCAGCAACCACAACAUGUCAUUGUUUUGGGCCCACCACCCCCACCGCCGCCUCCGCCGCCCAUGGUGAACAAUCGGGAAGACGCCGCCGCCUGGGCGAACCGCAAGAUGAUAGCCGAGGGGCAGCAGCAGCAGCAACAGCCUCUGCCACAGCAGCAACUGCAGAUGCAACAGACACCUCUGCAAAAGGCGGAGAUCAUAAGCACGGAUGAGCAGAGCCACAUCUUCAGCCACAAAGGCGGCCUCCAACUGCAGCAGCCGGCGAGUGGGCAGGGGCAACUGCAGGUUCAGGGGCAGGUCCAGGGAGCAGCGCCGGUCCAGGUUCAGGGGCAAUCAACACCGCUCCAAUUGUCCCCCGGCUACGAUGGCAAUCAAGCCAUGUAUGGCAUGUCGCUGCCGCGCUCCGGAAUUUACUUAUCACAGCAGCAACAUCAGCCCCAGCCGCCCCUGCAGGCCCUGUCCCCUGGCCAGCAGCAGGUGCCAUCCAAUGUUAUGUGGCCCCCACAAACGCCGAUGGCCGCGCAGCAACAGUCGCCGGUGCAGCAGCAGCCCUCGCUGAUGCCGCAGCAACCUGGUCAUGCCUACGCUGCCGCUCCCGCCAUCCAGUCUGCGCCUGCUCCACAACAAGCCAUGCUGCCUGUCCUGAACGCAGCCCCCGCCCCCGGGAAAAACCAGGGCCUGGCUGAAGACGGGGACUACGAGGACUACGACGAGGAAACCUUCACAGAAGCACCCAAGAAGAAGCAGCACAAGCACAAGAAGCUCAAGGCGAAGACGGCCAAGGAUCCCAUCGAACUGGCCUUGGAGCAAAAUAAGCAACAGCAGGAGGCAUCCCUGCCAGCUCUACCCGUUCCCGUUUCUCCAGUGCACGAACAAUACAAGAUGAUCCACGAGAACCUGGCGAUGGAGUUUCGGGACCACGACGGGCACUCGGAGCGUCCCGGAGGAGCCGUCCUCUCGCUGACCCUGGGUCUGCUGGUGACCGCCGCUCUGGCCAUUCUCAUAGGAUGCAGGAUGCGGACGGUGAGCCGCAGGGCUCGACGACUGGGCGGCAAGACGCCCUACUCUCAGGAGGCCGACUUCCUGGUCAACGGCAUGUACCUCUAAGCCAGUUGCCAGCGGGGUGGGACGGGGCUUGCCAAGAUUCUUUGAGCUGUACCCCUGGCGAGGAGCGUGCCCAUGUUUGUGUUUAAUAGUGUAAUGAGUAACAUAUUUUAUAUAAACAAAGAUAUAUCUAAUAAAAUUAAAACUUAAAGUAAA